GUCUAAGUUUCUGUCAAAACUGAGCAACAACUCCAGUAACUUACUAGUAAAGAUUUAAUCUUGCAUCGUUGCUACCAGUGACAAUAAGACUGAAUUGCUGCAGUUAGACAGCAGAUAAAAUUGGACAUGGACUUGGAAUAAUCUAACUUUAAAAUAAUUUUGUUGUUGUUGUUGAAAAUGUUUCUCAAAACGAUAUGAUUGCACUUUUCUUAUUUCAGACUGAGGGAAAACUUCAAAGUAUGUUACUUUACUGAGUAUCUAACUUGAUGUCAUCAGUCUUAUUGUUUAUGAUUGUAAAAUACAGUUGCCUUUGAUCUUUUCUUCUACGCAGGUAUGCUGUACUGUAAUUUAUUAGAGUCAUGUCUAUAUAAAUCUGCACUGAUUUUGAUCCCCAGAAUGACUGAAGGAAUCGAGUACAGGGCAGGAAAUAUUUUUUCUCUGUUAUCCAGAUGUUAUUUCUGUUGUGUCUCUCUUUCGUUCUCACUCUCUCACCCCGCUCUGUUUUUUCUGGUAUGUGAAUGAACUGUAUGAGAGUUUACUCCAUUUCUUUGGCUCUAAGGCAGCAGUCACAAGGCGCAUGCACCUGUUUUUUAUUAAACCAGGCGAUCUGUCACCUCCAACUGAAUUCCUUUCAACCUUCUCAUCUUUUCUUUCACUUUCUCUGUUUUUCCUUUAGUGUCAUCAGACCAUACAAAUGGAGCCUAGAAGUUUAAUUGGUUGGAAAAUAUGCAAGCCUGUGCAUACAGAAUAGCCAAGUCUGUUACGUUUGUGUGAAUGUCUUUCUCUCUUUUUACACCUUUUUUCUGUCUUUUAUCUAUUUCUUAUCAAAGUAGAUAUUUUUAGAAAAUCUUUGUACGCGAAGAAAGAAAAUGAAGUGAUGCAAUCAUUAUGUAAUUCAUUUAUUUGCUGGUGAGAUGGAAACAUUAUGAACUCCCAAUAGGGUCUCCUUUACAAAAUAUCACAUACUCAUCUGCUUCCAUCUGGUGGUUGAAGUGCAGUAUUUCAAAACUCACCUUUCUGACCAGUUUUGCUUUCCCAGCAUGCUUCUUAACUAACCUAACCAGAAACAGUUUUUUUGGUAAAGUGGCCUCACAGCUACAGCAUGAUGGGCUUUUCUUAAAGAGAUAGUUCCCCCCAAAAUGAAAAUUUUGUUAAUUUCUUUGUUCUGCAAAACACAAAGGAGCAUAUUUUGAGCAAUGUUUGUAACCAAACAGUUUUGGAGCACAAUUUUUUGAAUGGUGCUCGAAAAUGGCUUGAUUGCAAGGAUUCCUCGAAAUAUCUUCCUUUGUGUUCAGCAGAACAAAGAAACCAAUACAGGUUUGAAUCAACAUGAGGGUGAGUAAAUAAUGACAUUUUUAUUUUUGGGUAAACUAUCCCUUUAAUUUGUUUUCCCACAAAUUUGUCUCUCACCAAGACUUUUAUUAUGUAGUAUUGAAAUUAUUAUAUACUGUAUAAAAUACUGUACCAGGUUUUAUGAUUCAAAGGCUAUUUCUCUCUAAAAGGACAGAAUUAGGGAAGUUACAUAGGAAGUGGUUUGGUGGAUUCAUGAGAAGAUUUUAUGCUGUAAAAGGCUCUGUGAAAGUCCACUGUGACGCAAUAUGGCUCAACUUCCUGUCUUCUCCAGAGACAUGACUUCUGUUUGAAAAUAAUGCUUCGCUCUUGUGUUGGAUAUGACAUCUGACAAAAAGUCACAGGGUGGAUCAUUUCAUUUUAAAUGAAAGGAAAUUUGAAUUGUAAUGAUGUAUGUGGCAAAGCCUGCCGUGUGUUGGGUCUUUAUCCUGUCCUGCUGGCGAGUAACUGAAGGUGACGCUUCAAUCUCGACGACGUACAGAACCGGAGUGGCACUAACAGGAGAAACUUUAAACAUCAGCCUCUCCAUGAAAAUCCCUGCAAACUACACCAAACAGCCAAUUAAAUGCUACCAUGGUCUGUUGGGGAGUGUUUGGGAAAAAAUUAUUGAAAGUAAAAGUGUUAUAAGUAAAAACCAGGUGGUGGCAACAAUCAAAAUGCACAACACAUCUUUUUCUGGAGAAUACUCUUGCCGUUAUGGGAGUCAGACGGUACAUUGGGUUAUUCUUGUAAGGGAUAAAGGUUAUGAGGAGCCAGAUGAUGUGUUAGAAAUUGAUGUCAUCAUACAGAUGAUUUUCUCAGGAGUUGUACUGAUCUUCAAUGUGGUUGGGUCACUUUACAUAUUAAAAAGAUACAAGGAACAUCCUCCUUCCAAAGAAAAGGAAAAAAAAGCACCGCAGCAGAGACCAACAAAUAGUGAGGAUGCAGCAAUGGAUGAAGAUGAUGCAUCCGCAUCACUUUACACUGAUUUACAACCCAGACCAAGCUCCAUAUAUGACAGGCUAGAUCCAGAAGAGAUGACACAUGCAGAAGACAAGACGAAUUGUAAACAAAAGAACUCUAAAGCUCAAGAUGAAGAAGUAUUUGAUUCUGUCUAUGAAAAUCUGUGAAUUUUUUGUUUAUUUUUAUAAAAAAUGUUAUGUUUUUGAAAAUAUUUUUUUUUUAAUGUUUUAUUUUGGUAAAUGUAUUACAUUUUGUAAAUUUACUUAAGUUUUAAGAUUAUGUAUGACUAAAAUAAAAUAACAGAGGAACAUAAAAACAAAAAAAUA